UCGGGGAAGAUGGCGGCUGCAUCUUUGAAGGAGAGGAAUUGAGAGUGGGGAGAAGGGAAGAGGACCAGACCGUAGAGGCUUUCCCUGCGGCGCCGAGGGUCGCCGCGCUCGCGGUUGGGAGCUCCUCCCGGCCCACCACGUGACCUAGAAGGAAUACAUCACCAUGGCUACAGAAAUUGGCUCUCCUCCACGAUUUUUCCAUAUGCCAAGGUUUCAACACCAGGCACCCCGACAACUGUUUUAUAAGCGACCUGAUUUUGCACAGCAACAAGCAAUGCAGCAGCUUACCUUUGAUGGGAAACGAAUGAGAAAAGCUGUAAACCGAAAAACCAUAGACUACAAUCCCUCUGUAAUUAAGUAUUUGGAGAAUAGGAUAUGGCAAAGAGAUCAGAGAGAUAUGCGGGCAAUUCAGCCGGAUGCAGGUUAUUAUAAUGAUCUGGUCCCACCUAUAGGAAUGUUGAAUAAUCCUAUGAAUGCAGUAACAACAAAAUUUGUUAGGACAUCAACAAACAAAGUAAAAUGUCCAGUAUUUGUUGUGAGGUGGACCCCAGAAGGAAGGCGGUUGGUCACUGGAGCUUCUAGUGGAGAGUUCACCUUGUGGAAUGGGCUGACGUUCAACUUUGAAACCAUAUUGCAGGCUCAUGAUAGCCCUGUGAGGGCCAUGACUUGGUCACAUAAUGACAUGUGGAUGUUGACAGCAGAUCAUGGAGGAUAUGUGAAAUAUUGGCAAUCCAACAUGAACAACGUCAAGAUGUUCCAGGCACAUAAGGAGGCGAUUAGAGAGGCCAGUUUCUCACCCACGGAUAAUAAAUUUGCUACAUGCUCUGAUGACGGCACUGUUAGAAUCUGGGAUUUUCUUCGUUGCCAUGAGGAAAGAAUUCUCCGAGGGAUCAUUUGAAAACUGAAGAUUUAACAGACUUAUUUUGGUGAAAAGUCCUCAUGCCAUUUUCUGCCCUUCUGCACUCUUCCCAGUGGCAACAGUUUUUGGGUGACUAGGUCUGUUACCUAAUAGAAUAUUCACACAGUGAGCUCCUUCAGAAUAGAGAUUGGAUCAAAGUUAAAGCUUUUUUUUAUUGAGUUUACUAUGCACCCCAGGCAUGAUGCUAAGUUUUUCAUGUGUUUCAUUUAAUUUCUGAAAUAAUCUAGUAUUUGAGAAGUAAUCUCCAUUUUACAUAUUCCAAUAUUAAGGAUUACUAAAAGCUCACUAAAGUGCACAAAGAUGGUUAUAAGCUGCAUGUGGGUUCUGGGAAUUGAGCUUGGGUCUUUCCAGUAUCAUUACGUGCUCUUAACUGCUAAGCCAUCUGUCCAGCCCCAGUUUCCUUUUACUGAGGCAGGGUCUGUGUAUGUAACCCAUUAUGGCCUCACACCAGAGUUCUCUUGCUUUAUAUAUUUUGAAUACCAGUACUAUAAGUGUGUGCCCAAGGGUUAUUCCUUUCCUUUGCAAGGAAGUACUAAAGGUUGUACUCAGAUUCCCAUGAUUCACUCUCAUUACUACUCAGGUGAAGGCAAAAUACAACAAUCUGCUUGAUUAAGAAGUUUUUGUUUUCUGUUUUGUAAUAUCGGGGACUGAAUCCGUGGCCUAUCUGAUAAGGCAAGUAAUCUGCCACUGAGCUACAUUCUAUCCACGUAGUUUGGUUUGGUUUUAGACAGGUCUCACUGUGUAGCCCUGGCAGGCCUGGAACUCACAGGCAUCUGCCUGCCUCUGCCUUCCAAGUGCAUGUCACCAUACCUGGCCCAUACUUACGGCUUUUAAUGAAAAAUUUUGAUCUCUGGGUUUUUCAUUUUUGUUUGAUAAAGAACACUAAGUUCAAAUAAUGCCAUCACCUAUGAGACUGAGGCAGGCUUGCUCCAUUGUUAAACUAAGCCUCAGCUCCAGUGCAGAGAGCAAGAGAUAGAAGCAAAAUGUCAAAAGCUCCUAUGAUCUGUAUUUCAUGCCUAUAUUAUAAUAAGGCUUUGACUAGCAAAGCUUUUUUUGUUUUUUUUCUGAGAACAGGUCUCACUCUGUAGCCUUGGCUGGCCUGGAACUCACUAUGUAAAACAGGCUGACCUCUGUGCCUCUGCUUGCCUUGGGAGUGCUGGGGUUAAAGGUGUGUGUGUAUUUUAUAUCCUCUCCCUCAGGCUAUAAAAAUUGCUUUGUAGACCAGGCUGGCCUUGACCUCAGAGAUCUAUCUGCCUCUGCCUCUGCCUCCACCUCCCCAAGUGCUGGGAUCACAGGUGUGCACCACAGGGCUCAGCUUCGACUUUUUAAGUUUUUUAUUGUUACCUGUUGUAUAGGGUGAACUCUCAGUUCAAAUGUUGCUCUUGCCUCACUUUCCUGAUUACAUUAAGCUGUACACAUCUGCUAUUGUAUGUUAUUAUGGUAAUUGUGUUACUGCCAAACUUCUGGCUUCUUUUUUAGCUAAAGUAGGGUCUCACAUGUUGCCCUGACUGUCCCUCAUUUAGACUUUACCUAGCUUUCCUCAUGAGAUUAGACUUGAUAUUUCUGGUUUGGGGAAGAAGAUCAGAGGUGCUGAUUUGAUCUCAUUAUCAAGAAUGCACACUGAUGAUAUGACUUGAUGUCACCCUUGGUUAUGUCCCUUCACUACACUCAACCGUUAGAAUGAAAUCAUUGUUCCACUCAACAAUCAGAGUUAUGUGUUCUUAGGCUCCUUGAGAGUAACCACCUGUACUAUUCCAGGGAGAUUCCACUCUACUGUAAUAUAUAUAUAUAUAAUAUAUAUAUAUAAUAUAUAUAUUAAAUAACUGAAUAUAUACAGUAUGGACAAAAUAUGUUUUUAUUGCAAUACUUUUAGUAUGGUGGAAACUAGGUGCUAUAUAAUCAUCUCUCAUUUGAAUUUUUCUCAUUUCUGCUUGUAAUAAGUGCAGAUAAUUGUCAAGAUCCAGUUUGAAAACGUCAUCUCAGAAUCCUCAUUUGUGCAAAGAAAAAUAAAAGCCAUAGAGUAAUUAAAAUUAUACAACCUGUAGGAGAUUGCAGUCCAUAUCUACUUCCAGCAGUAUUUGGGGAUUCAUACGACCUCAUUUUCAUAUACAUAUAUUUUUGUUACAGCUCUUAUUACUUUUUUUGAGAUAAGACACAAAAGUGUUUGACUGUUCCACACUCAGUUGCAGUUAGUGCUUUGAGUCGCUAUGUUUAUCAUGAGGCUAUUGAAACACUAGUCUAGAACUAUGUGCUGCUUUUAUGUACCUAAACUUGAGGACAGUAAAAAAAGUAUCCAUUAUCUGACCAACUGAAAAUGAGCCAAUUCACCUUCUGUGUUACUCUUGGAAGGAAGACUUAUUCUAGCGUAUCACUUAAUCAGUUUUUAUUUUCAUUCUUUAUUGUACCUUUUCUUAUUAGAAAUUUCAGUCAUGGCUCCAGUUCAUUCUUGGCCUUGGUUAUCUGUACUAAUAAAUACUGUUACUGCUGCCUAGUCCCUUAUUUCUAAGAGAAAUAUCUCAAAGUGUUACCCAGGGCAGCCUUAAACUCUCAGUUCAAAUGUUGCUCCUACCUCAUUUUCCUGAGUACAUUAAGCUGUACACAUGUGCUACAUAGGUCAUUGUGGUGAUCUUGUUAGUGCCAAACUUGUAGCCUUUUUUUUUUUUUAAGGCAGGAUCUCACACAUGUUGCCAUGACUGAUUUAGAACUCUGUAUGUAGACCAGGUUGCCCUCAAACUUACAGAGACCUGCCUGUUUCUGCUUCCUGAGUGCUGGGAGUAAAAGGUGUAGUGCCUCCACACUCCUCCUCAAUUUUGAACUGAGGCUGGCAGAUAUAGCAUGUAGCUGAAGAUGGCCUUGAACUGAUCAUCCUGUUGUCACUUCCAAAGUUGUUGGGCAUGCCCUACAUCAGUCUUGUAAAAUGUUUCUUUGGUGAUUAUAUCUCUGUAGUGUUUCCAAUACUAAGAUUCUUCAAAAUCACCUUUUAACAUGAUUUAAAUUCUUAUAAGAUUGGUUGGCAUAAAAUAGUAAAAAUUGUUUCUGAAGAACAAUUGUUACUAACUGAAGAAUCUAGAAGACUGACAUGCAUUCUGAACAGCCUUAGGUAGCUGUUCUGGGAGAGUAUUGUAGGGUCUCCUGUUGUAUCAGCCUCCUCCUGACUGCCUCCUCUCAAAUCCUCGAGGCUUUUCACUGCUCACGUGGAAAUUGUGCCCUUUGUUUAUACUCUCUCCACCUACUAGAUAAAAGCUAACAGCAGUCUAACACUUAAGUUUCACCAAAAUUUAUGCCUGUGUGGUUUUGACUUACAUAUGUUUUAUCAUAUGCUCAACAAAAUAGUUGCACAAUAUUAGCUUAUAAAUUACAUGCUUAAUUUCACUCCUAAACUACUUAACAGUUUCUUUUAGGCCCGCCUUUGGGAGUUUUCCAUGUAAACAUGCAGUUAGUAGAAAACUGUAGAAACAGUUCACCUGCUUAUACAGGUGAAGUAUGACUGAAGUAGGAGAUUAGAAGAUCUAUGAUAUAUAUGUCUCCAUUUUUAGUCCAGUGAGUUGGAAUUUGUGUAUUGGUCUCUCUUUUAACACCAUACAUUUGAAAAUUGUUACAGGUUUGUUGAAUAGUAUUUAGGUUUAAUUAAAUCUUUAUAUUUUGGCAUAUUUCUGAUAUCUUUUAAAAUAAAUACACAUUAUAGAUAAUGGUUGAAGGCCCUUCCUUUUCCUUAUCCAAAUAUAUCUACUUUCCUGAAUUUAGGUAUAUCUGGCAACAUAACUGAUCUAGCAUUUCAAAUUCCCCAAAUUGGUCUUGUGGUGAAGGUGGUAGUACACCAAGAAAAGCUUUGUGACCAAAUUCUUUCACGUGUUUAUAUGUUGCAAGCACUGAAGCUCUGAAGUAUGGAGAAAAAAUCAAAACCUGUCCCUAUGAGUCUAUGUGAUGUUUCUUGGAAUAUGCAUUGAAAACUGCCUAGAAGUGUACCCAUUCUGCAGUUAAUGUUCAUCUUCGUAGUUUCUCACUGAUGUACUUAUGUAGAGUUUGAUGACAGGCAUGCUGUUGGCAAUCAUUCCCAGUCAGUCUUGUUAUUGGUCAUGUCAAUAAUGAUUUUACAAAAUGGGAAGAUAAACUUCCAACAAGCCCCAUACUCACUGACCAGUUCACAAGUUAAUGACACUCCUUAAAUUUUGUAGUUCUUGAGUCUUCUGGUCUAGCCUGUGGAUAAAGGCUUUGUUUACACUUAAAUUGAUGUUACAUUUUAUGUUUCCACAGCUGACAGUGAGCCAGAGUUUGCUGUUAAUGUUUAACACAUUUUCUGAGUGACAGUUCUUUAACUGUUAAUAUUGUACAAAAUGGUACUUGAAAUCAUUGUUUGCUUUUUUUUCUUUCUGUAUUAGAAAAACUGGUGUUUUGUAAGUCAUGUAUAUUCUUAAUAUUUGUUAAUAUAAUGACCUGAUUCAGGAAAAAUAAAAUGGGAAGAUGGACAUUA